AUGGGAGGUGGAGAAUUAUACUACAACUAUACUACAGCUCGGGAGCGUAUUGUUACUUCUCAGACCGAUGAAUCCGAAGCUGAGUCAAGAAUUGACGAGGUAGCACUUUAUCUCGAGGCUGUCGGGGGCGAGAAGAAGAGUAAGGUAUACGGCAUCGGGUCUCAGGCAUCACAGUUUUACACUAGGUCAGCAGCUCACGCUUCUACAGCCAGCGCAGCACGACAGCCGGAGCACAGCGACUCACACUGUGAUGAUGAUAUAUGGGCUCAGCUUGCUGAUCCGCAAAGACAGAUUGCAGAGCUUAGAGCGCAUGUGAUGCGGCUGUCUGGUGAGCACCGUGCUGGUACUUCUCCCUCUGAUCUUGCUCCUGCUACAGACCGACAUGUUUCGACGUCUCAAAACAGAGACAAUUUGUAUUUGUCUCUUAUUGAGCCUUAA